AUGUCGCAUCUUCCCAUCUCGCUGACACUUGUCCCCUUUUUCCAGGUCCGUCCUCGUCCGCGCCCUCUCGAGAGACGCCGCGCGAUCGCAUCGCGUCUCGCGGCCUCCCCGCGAGAUGAAAGUCAUCUUCCUCGACGUCGACGGCGUCCUCGCGACGCGCCGGUGCGUCCCUCGCCUCGAUCCCGUCGCGUCGUCCCGAGGCUUCGACGUCGAGAUGAGAUCUUCCCUAUUUCGCCACUUCGUUUCCGUCCAUCGAACGCGCCGCUUCGUCUCGCUCGCUUCUCCCCGACGCGUCGAGGACGGCCCGUCCUGACGUCGCCAUCGUCCCUCCGUCGUCCGCGCCGCAGAUCCAACGCGUGCGAGCCGCGCUUGCUGGAUAACCUCCGCGCGCUGGUCGAGCGCGCGGACGCGCGCGUCGUCCUCGCGUCCGACGCGCGGCGAGAUCGCGAGAGCUACGAGACCGUCGCGUCGCAGCUGAGCGCGCGAGGCGUGCGGUUUUCCUCGUUCGCGUCGAAGUCUUUUCCGGCGAACGACGCGUCCGCGGAGGCCUCCUCGCGUCGCUGGCGCGCGGUCCAGAUCCUCUCGUGGGUCCAAGACCACAACGACUGGAUCGCGAACGGCGGAUUCGACGUAACGGAAGCGGUCGAGGCGUUCGUGGCGAUCGACGCGGACGCGCUCGUGACGCGCGCGGGCGGCGCCGGGCUCGUCGGGAAAUUCGUCAUGACGCACGCGCGCGAAGGGUUGACGGUGGCCGCGAUGGAGGCCGCGUUAGCGUGCUUGAACGCGACGCAGGUCAUCCCGAGGACGCUCGUCGAUCCGAGCGUUCGAGCGGCCGCGGAGAGAGAAGGAGGGGGAGGCGUCGGGCGCGGUGGGGGGUGGACGAGCGACGACGAGGAGGAGGACGACGACGAGGAGGACGACGGCGGCGCGGCGGUGAAAGAUUUCGACGGGGACGCCGGCGAAGAAGUCGUGUACGGCUCGCGUCUGCACACGCCCCCGGUCGUCGCGAAGUGGAGAGGCAAAGCGAUGACGAUCGCGAUCCCGCGGAGCAGCGGCCUCGCGAGCGGCGUCGUAUCGCCGGUGACCCCUCGAGGGCUGCGCGCCGCGUUGGGGUUGUCGCCGUCGCCGUCGCCGUCGCCGUCCUCGCCGUCGUCGCCGUCGUCGUCGCCGUCGCUGUCGCUGUCGUCGCCAUCGCCAUCGCCGUCGCCGUCACCGUCGCGCCGCCCGGGCCGCGCUUCGUCGCCGCCGUCGUCAUCCUCCUCCGCGUCGUCGUCGUCCGUCUGCGCGAUGGACGAGGACGACGCGCCGCUCUCCGCGCGCGGAUCUCGCGCGGCCAUCUCCCCGCGCGUCACCGGGCGACGCAGCGGCGGCGUCGGCGCCCCGCCCCCUCCGGAGCGGCGCGCGAGUAAAGGCCCGUCGCGGCUGUCUCACGCGGCGGCGAAGCACCCGCACCCGCGCCCGCACCCACACCCGGCGUCCGUCGCCGCCGUCGCGGUCGCCGCCGCGAGCGAGCUGGAUUUCGGGAGCGCGUGGCCGAUCGCCGCGCGCGGCCGCGCCGCCGUCGUCGACGCCGUCGUGACCGUGCGCGGGUUCGGGGACGGCGACGGGGCGGCGAGGCAUAACAUGCGAUACGGGGAGGCACUCGGAGGGUGCGAGAGCGCGCGGGUGGGCGGGGAGGAUUACGGACGACCGCCGCCGACGCGCGCGGGUUCGCGGUACGGUCCGCUGUGA